AUGAUGGCUCCAGUAUUCCCAGACACUCGCUUCCCUCCCUCCCGCCGACGCACCUUCACCGCCUUGUGCUCGUCUGAUGAGCUGUUGGGCCAGAUCAUUCAGACCUUACUACCAGAGUAUCGCGUCGAUGCAUCUCACCUUUUGGCAUUGCGCGAGGUCUUGUCGAGCGCUAUCGUUACUCCUAAGAAGCCUCCUAGGUUGGUGCGUACUCGCCCCGACAAACGCAUUGGUCAAGUUGGAUCGAUCUACGAUACAUCACAGCGCCCAGUGUGUGGGCCCAACGGACCGCCUGUAUCAGCUAACACAAGCUUCUACUUCCACCACAAGGACCCGGACUUCGAGAAGCUACUGCCACAGGUAGACCGUUCGGGGUACGGUUGUUCAGACCAACCAGUCGAUGAGGGAAUUCAAGAUAGCACAGAUCCAAAUACCCUAUAUAUCCCAACGCCCACACUAAAACGAAAUGAACUCUCCAAAUCUCCAGACUUCGUCGCUGCCUGUGCAUCUGCCGUCUGCGAAGAUAAGGGCUUGAUGAGGCCUAUCCGCUGUCCGAAGGAGACAUGCCCGGCGAAUGGACCAGCGUAUAGUGGCACUCUGGAUCCCAGUCUCACACUCGCACAGGACGCUGCUCGGGAGCAUCCAGCUAUAACUCCUUCGAAUCUACAACCAACAUAUAUACCCAUAAUUACCAUAACCGAUGGCGACUCAGAACAGCUGCGCACAAUAGAUGGUGCCGAAGAGUCAUCGUCAUCGGUUUCACUUCUACGAACCGCUGAUAUUUUCGCGGACCUCCCGGAUACUCAAGAGAUGAACGGUACAGCGCGAUCGUUCUCCAUCGCCGCGCUUCCUGGCCCAUAUCCAACGGACACGCACACCCAAGACUCAUUCAACAGUACUCAGCAAAGCGACGUCUUCAGUCCACCAGUUGACUUCCUGCCGUGCACUCCGCCUACUCAAGACGACUCUCAAAGCGAAGUCUUGCCACAGAAUAGUGUCAAUGACACAAGUGAUCUGUCGACAGCAGAAAAGACGAACAAACAAGCAUCUCAACGGCCAAUUUGUCUAUCUGCUGUCGAGCUAGAAUCGUAUUCGUUGCCCACUCCUCCAUGGAACAAGCGUUUGCGCGAGACCCUAGAAGAAGCAAAUGAUGCGCCACACCAAAAGCGUUCCAAGAGGCCAUCGUAG